CCCAAAGGUACGGGCACGGGCCGCUGCCUCCAGGUCUGGCGAACCCUAAUGCAGUGACGGUACAAAAAGAGGCCUGUCUCUCUUCCCACUUCCUUUUGCAACUCUGCUGUGUCUGCAAUUCCUUUGACCAUAGGGAUAACUGCCUCUUCCGCCACCGCCAGGAUGCAUCUAAGUACAUUGGCCGCACUCUCACUGUCCCCGUUGUUCGGCUCAGUGCUGGCAGCAGCGCAAGAGCCACUGCGCAGCAGACAAGACGACACGGGUUCCCCUCCCAUUGAAGCGAAAUGGCCACACCAAACCUUCAAGUCCCGUCCAGACCUGCAGCCUCCCGUGUUGGACAUUGCCAAGCACGGCCCCGUGGCUGAGGGAUACCUCUUCUUCACUGUCGCGGGUGACGCGGCACACAACUACUCGACCUUCAUCAUGACUGACGAGGGCGAGCUGGUGUGGCAGUCGCCCCUAGCAAUACACACCAACGCGCACGUGCAGACCCUCGUCGACACCAACGCCACCACCACCACCACCACCACCAAUCCCAAUGCCGGGGAUGCUGGCGCCGGCCGAGGGCAGCAAGUCCUGUCCUUCUUCAACGGAAUCACCUACAGCGAGCCUUGGGGUCUGGGUUACGGCCUGGUCCAGAUCCUCGACUCGGCCUACGCGUCGGUAAAGAACGUCACGGUUGAGUCGGGCAUCGAGGUGCUGCACUUCCAGGAGACCGACGACACGUGGCUGUCAUUUCUCGACAUGCACGAGUCCCGCAUCACGAAGGCGGGCACGUCGAUGCUCGUGACAGCGUACAAUGUCACUCCUGCAGAUCUGUCUCCCGUGAAUGGCCCCGCGGACGGGUGGAUCGCAGACUCGGUCUUCUACGAGAAGGACGUCGCGACCGGAGAGGUGCUGUUCGAGUGGUCUGCCCUCGCGCACCUGGAAGAGGUCCCUUUCGAGGGGGCUAUUGACUACUACCCCCUCGAGGAUCUCGGCCUUAACGGAUCGUAUCCCUGGGGGCCGUUCCACAUCAACUCUGUCGACGAAUUCCCUGAUAACGAUGGGGGCUAUCUGGUCUCAUCGAGGUUUUAUUGCUCGUUGUUCAGAAUCGCGCGGGAUGGUAGCGUGGUCUGGAGGCUCGAUGGCCAGAAAGGGCAUGACUUCUCCCUCCUCAACGACCUACAGUUCGCGUACCAGCACGACGCGGUGAUCCGCUCCACGAGGCCGUCCGCGGCGGACGCCACGAAGAACGUAUACACCAUCUCCAUCUUUGACAAUGCGUGGUCGAGCACGUCCUCGCCUGCAAACGGGCGGACCAACACGCGCGGACUGGUCUUCGAGGUUGACGAGGGUGCGAUGACUGCCUCCUUGCUGCAGGCCUUUGAAGAUCCGGAAGAUCCGAUGAAGUCUGUUUCGCAAGGAAAUCUGCAGUUCACGGAAGGCAAGGGCGCGAUCAGCGGGAGAGCUGGCAGAGCUGGCAGCGGAGAGCAGCAUGCACUCCUGGGUUACGGAUCUGUGCCCAAGAUUAAGGAGUUUGAUCACAGCGGGAAGCUGGUCAUGACUGUGCAGUUUGGGGACCUGGGGAACGUGCAAAGCUAUCGAGCUUACAAGAUGCCGUGGGUAGGAAAGCCCACGGCCCGACCCGAUGCGGUUGCCCUUCGCGAAGGACCAGAAGGCGUGGUCAAGGUGUACGUCAGCUGGAACGGCGCGACAGAAGUUGAUGGGUGGCAGGUAUUCGCUAGUGCACUUGAGGAUGGAACUGGGAUGGUCAAGGUGGCAGAGGCUGCCAAGACUGGGUUUGAAACGGCUAUUGAGAUCAAAGGCUGUGGCGAGGAUGUCAAGUACGUCCGUGUACAGGCUGUGGGUGAUGGACUAGAGGGCGACGAGUCGAAAGUGGUUAAGAUUAUCUAGCGACCGAAC